AUGAACGCGGCUGAAGAAGAAAAGAACUUGGAAGGGCUCAUAAAACUUGGUUUUAUGAAAAUGCUCGAUGGUUUUCCAGUUCGCGCUAGCGUGGAGGAAAAAGUAAUCCGCGAACUUCAAUCGAUGAGCCUUCCGUCCAACACUGUAAUUGUCGCUGGAUAUCCAAAGACUGGCAGCCAUUUCCUUCUUCAAAUUCUUGGCCAGUUGAAGUUCCAGCGGCUCUACGACAUUGGCGAAGGGGAUGCAAAGUGCACAUCGCUUCCACUCGAGUUCCAAGAGUUCCCGGCUCUAGAAACGAUGAUUAAUGCCGUCAAAGCUGACCCUUCUACCAACUUUGUCUUCAAUCACUCUCACGCUUAUCCAUCUCAUUUGCCCAAAAAUGCGAAAGUUUUGUACAUUUCGAGGGACAUCCGCGCUGUCGCCGUCUCUGGCUAUCAUUUCUUCGGCUCAAUGGAAAAGUACAAGGUCAUGUUUGAACACUACAACAUCAAAAGCGCCGACGACUACGCCAAUAUUGUCUUUCAAGGAAAAUCUUCUUAUGGGAACAUGGACCGAUACGACAAGUUGUGGAGAGAAGCAGCAGCAAAAGAGCCUGAACGGAUUCAUACAGUUACAUUUGAAGACUUGAAGGUCAACUUACAACGAAACGUCGAAGAAAUCGUCAAAUUCCUCGGCCUGGAAAACGUCGAUAUUCCAAAAGUAGUGGACGGCAGUCAGUUCAAGAGCCACGACGCCAACUUCCACAAAGACGCAAAAAUCACGGACACAGCUUCGAGCAGCGAAACACUCAUCAAGCGAAAAGGCGAAGUGGAUAGCUGGAAGAGAGAACUCACCAAAGAUUCCUUGUCGCUUUACGCAACGCUUUUUCCUGAGCGCAACUAA